GUUUGAAUCCCCCGGAAGUGAGCUUGUUGUUUUUACAGAGAGCAGAAAUGGCGCAGAAAGGAGUACAGCUGGACCGACAAUUCUUCUCUUGUUCGAUCUGUCUGGAUCUACUGAAGAAUCCGGUGGCUAUUCCCUGUGGUCACAGCUACUGCAUGAACUGCAUUAAAAGUCACUGGGAUGGAGAGGACGUUAAGAGAGAGUUCAGCUGCCCUCAGUGCAGGCGGACCUUCAAACCGAGGCCUGUCCUGGGUAAGAACACCAUGCUGGCAGAUUUAGUGGAGAAACUGAAGAAGACUGGACCUGAUCCUGCUCUUCCUUCUUACUACUAUGCUGGACCUGAAGAUGUGUCCUGUGAUGUCUGCACUGGGACUAAACUGAAAGCCUGUAGGUCCUGUCUGCAGUGUAUGGUCUGUUUUUGUGAGGAACACCUUCAGCCUCAUUUUGAAUUACCUGCCUAUAAGAAACACCAGCUGGCGGCUCCCACCAAGGAGCUCCAGGAGAGUGUCUGCUCUGUUCAUAAUGAGGUGAUGAAGAUGUUCUGCCGUACUGAUCAGCAGUCUAUCUGUUAUCUCUGCUCUGUGGAGGAACAUAAAGGACAUGAUAUAGUCUCAGCUGCAGCAGAAAGGACUGAGAGGCAGAGAGGGCUUGAGGGGACUCGACUUGACAUCCAGCAGAGAGUCCGGGACAGAGAGAAAGACGUGAAGCUGCUUCAGAAGGAGGUGGAGGCUAUCAACCGCUCUGCUGAUAAAACAGUGGAGCACUUUGGGAAGACUUUCACUGAGCUGAUCCGUGUCAUGGAGAAAAGACGCGCUGAUGUGAAGCAGCAGGUCAGAUCCCAGCAGAAAACUGAAGUGAGUCGAGUCAAAGAGCUUCAGAAGAAGGCGGAGCAGGAGAUCACUGAGCUGAAGAGGAGAGAUGCUGAGCUGCAGAAGUUGUCACUCACAGAGGACCACAAGCAGUUUCUACAGGACUACCCCUCACUGUCAGCACUUAGUGGAUCUACACACUCAUCAGGGUUAAAGGCCCAUCCUCUUGGAUACUUUUGGGAUGUGACAGCAGCUGUGUCAGAACUGAGAAAUAAAUUACAGGAUGUUCUGAGAGAGGGAUGGACAAACAUCUCACAGACUGAAUUGGAUCUUUUACUGCCCCAACAGGAACCAGAGCCCAAGACCAGAGCUGAGUUCUUGAAAUACUCACGUGACCUCACACUGGAUCCAAACACCGCAUACACACGGUUGUUAUUAUCUGAUGGGAACAGAAAAGCAACAAUGAUGAUAGACGAACAGUCUUAUUCUAGUCACCCAGAGAGAUACACAUGGUGGCAGGUCCUGAGUAGAGAGAGUCUGACUGGACGUUGUUACUGGGAGGUGAAGUGGGUAGGACGUGGACUUCGUCUGGCAGUGGCAUAUAAAAGUAUGAGCAGAGCAGGAAGUUGGAAUCAGUGUACUUUUGGACAAAAUGAAAAAUCUUGGGCGUUAGAUUGUGACCUACACUGUUAUAACUUUUGGAACAACGACGUCCAAACUCUUGUCUCAGGUCCUCAGACCUCCAGAAUAGGAGUGUACCUGGAUCACAGUGCAGGUGUUCUGUCCUACUACAGCGCUUCUGACACCAUGACUCUCCUCCACAGAGUCCAGACCACGUUCACUGAGCCUCUACAUGCUGGAUUUUGGCUAGGUUGGAGUGUUCCUGGUGACACCGUAGAGAUGUGCAAACUGAAAUAGAACAUAUUCAAAGGGAGCAGACUCUUUAGUACAGGAGAAGAUAAGAGCCACUGAAAAGACAAGAAAAUCAAGGUUAAUUAUUUUUAAUUAUCUUUUAUCUCAUACUUGUCAUUUUUUCUUAAAAUUUUGAGAUUAAAGUCAGAAUUCCAAAGAAAAAUAAAGAUUAAGGUGCAAUACUUUUUUUUAAUUCUUAAAUCUCAGAAUUUAAAUUUAAACAGUGCACCUCCAUUUUUUUUCCCAGUGGCCCUAAUCCUCUUCUGUGCUUUCGAGAGGAAACAUGAAAUCAGCCUGUAAAAGCUUGCCCACCUUGUUUAGACACAAGGCAGACCUUUGCCCUAGAAUCACGAGGUCUGCACAGGGGUGUAUGGUGUUACAAGUUGAGUUCAUUUAGAAGUAAUCACUAAAAUCUUCAAAUCAUUUGUAAACCAUUUUGAUUAUUAAUACUAUAAUUAUGUAUUUUUAGUGAUUGCUAUACAAGCUAUAUCUUGUUGUGUCUUUAUAUUUUGUUUGAGUCCUCCUCUUCUCACACAUCAAACGGGCCCAGUGUACAGAUCCCGGAAGUUCUGGCUGCACUGGUUCUCUGUUUGGGUCUUGUGACAGCUGAGGGUGAAGUUAGAAAUCACAUUAAACUACUUUAAUGUGGAGAUAACUGCCUUGAGUACAUAUAAGUGACACAUUUUGUUGAUUUGUCUCUUUAUUUUAAUAACAGUCGACUUUUAUUUCCUAACGUUUAGAAUUUUUUUCUCACAUUUUCAAUUUUUGCAGAUAUAACGUGUGAGAUUGAGUGAAAAUUUUACUGAUUGUACUGAUGAAAACUUUACUUUAUUGUAAGGAAUAAAAGUCUGUGAAUAUCCAGACCAAA